CUCUGGACAACAACAAGACAACUCAACUCGAAAAGUAUGCCAGUCAAAGUGUGUAAAUAAAACAAAGAGACGGAAAGAAAGAAAGAUCGACGCCAGGCGCUGAAUACUCGCUGCCCCCCACCCCACCACAGACCCCCGUCCCCGCGUGAAUCGGAUUCCCCGACCAGAGCGGACGCAGUGCGGCGGGAGCGCAUGAGCAACUAGUGUUCAGUUACCAAGUGCCCAGUGUCCAGUUCGCCAUCUCUAUAUCUCUAUGGUGUCGCCAGCAACAUGAACCUGGAAUCGCUGUUCCGCGACUUCAAUCCCUGCAAAUUCAUCGUCCACUGCAGCCUGUUCACCUUUGUCACGCUAUUUGCCUUGCGCCUGGACAACUUCAUAGAUUGGCCUUACUGGGCGAUUUUCACACCGCUGUGGAUAUGGAAGUGCACCGCCAUCCUGGGUGCCAUCGUGGGCGCCAUCGUGUGGUGCCGGUAUCCGCACUAUCGCCUCGAAGGCGACGCCUACACGCAGUUCAAGGCGAUGCUCAUAUCGCUGGCCCUGCACCUGAUCCUGCUGAUGUUCGAGCUGCUGGCCUGCGAUAAGCUAACCUCGGAUCGCCACCUUUGGGUGCUGGUCUUCAUCCCGCUGAUCUUCGGAUCGGUGGUUAGCGUGGGCGCCUGUGUGUGGGCCGUCAAGCACGAUCGCUCCUUCGAGCUGGAGCUCUUCCUGGCCGUCAACGCGCUCCAGUUCGUUUCGCUGCCGCUGAAACUGGAUCGCUUUGUCUAUUGGAACUGGGACGUGGUGUUCGUGCCCAUGUGGAUCGUGAUAUGCCUGAGUUUGGUCAGCGUCUUGUACAACAUUAUCUUCUGUGGCAUCAUGAUGCGGACGCCGGAGGUCUCCCUGCAGCAAAAGAAGGCGGCGCUUAACGCGGCGGUGGGCAACAUCUGCACAGUGCUUCCACUGUUCUGCUUUCAGGUGGUCAUCUGUGACAAGCUGGACGGCGAGCUGAAGUUUCCUUACAUCGUGGUCUUCUCACCGCUGCUCGUCUCCAUCCUGGCGCUGAUCAUGCUCAGCUUCACGGCUAAGGGCGGCAACAUGUGGUGGUUCGGCAUCCGCAAGUCCUUCAGCCAGUUUCUGCUGUCGGCGAUGCCGUUCCUGCAGGAAUACGGCAACAUCAGCUACCACCCGGAGACGCACAGCAAUGCCGGGCAGUCCGUUCCCCUGGACGCCACCUCCUCAUCGACGAGCAUGGCGGCCAGUGAGCAGUUGCACGAGUUCGGGAAGCACGACAAGAAGGGCAAGAAGGGGGCCAAGAACGACAUCCUUAAGCCGGUGGUGCCGUUCGUCAGCAUCGACCUGCCGGAUUAGAUAUAGACGGCCAGCACUGCAUAUGAGCGACAGUAGCAGUAACAGCAACAAUAGAUAGCAAGAACCACGUAGACCUAAGGACAGCCUCUCAGCACACGCACAUGGAGACGCCCGACACCUUUGUUCAGGUGUUUAUAUUAAGCAUUGCAUACCCAAACAAACACCCACAUCGGCCGUAGCUUUUAGACUCGUACUGAAUUUUAAUUGUAAGCCAAAUGCUAACACCGCCCACGACCCAUGCCUCCCCCAGCCUCUCCCAUUGCCCACAAAGGCCACCACCCCCUCGUAUCGCCUGCAUAUAAUAGCUGUACAUAUAUAUAGGCACUGACUAUUACACACAAUUGUUCAGGUGUUUGUACCCAACACAGACCCAAAUCGGCUUUUACCUUGACCACUGUUUCCUUUUACAAAUCGAACAAAACCGCAGCAUACAACUCUUGGACUUUUGGCCUUAUAUAUGUGCAAAUAUUAUAUGUUACAUCCCUCACCAAACUUAUGUGUAAUGUCCUACGAUAAAGUGUAAAUAAUUUACAAACUACAUAAAACAAGAAAUAUACUUAAGUGCUUCCAAAACAAAAUUAAAAA